AUGACUGAUAGUAAAUUAAGUGGUACUACUACAAUUAUUGUACUUGGUGCUUCGGGAGAUCUUGCGAAAAAGAAAACUUAUCCAGCAUUGUUUGGUCUUUAUCGCAAUGGAUUCUUCCCGGAAGGCACUCGUAUCAUCGGUUAUGCCAGAACGAAACUUGAUCAAUCAAAAUUCCACGAACGUAUUUCCGGAUAUAUGAAAACUCCAACCGACGAUAUUAAAAAUCAGCUCUCUGAAUUUCUAAAGCAAUGUACUUAUGUCUUUGGUCAAUAUGAUAAGGAUGAAGAUUAUCAAAAGUUGAAUAAAGCUGUUGAGGAAGUCGAACGAUGUGAUAAACAUCAAGAAAAAAAUCGUAUUUUCUAUAUGGCAUUGCCUCCUAGCGUGUUUAUUCCUGUAGCAAAAGGCCUUAAGAAAUAUGUUUAUUCUGCAAAAGGGAUUAAUCGCUUGAUUGUUGAGAAACCUUUUGGUAUGGAUUUGGAUAGUUCUCGUGAGUUAGGUAAAGCUUUAGCUCCUUUAUGGAAAGAAGAGGAGACAUAUCGUAUUGAUCAUUACCUUGGUAAAGAGAUGGUUAAAAAUCUCUUGAUCAUUCGUUUCGCUAAUGUUGUUUUUGGGGCGAUCUGGAAUCGUCAAAGUAUUGCCAACGUCCAAAUUACUUUCAAAGAAAAGAUUGGAACUGAAGGUCGAGGCGGUUACUUUGAUGAAUUCGGCAUCAUCCGCGAUGUGAUGCAAAACCAUCUCUUGCAAAUACUAAGCAUUGUCGGCAUGGAACGACCUGUAUCAUUAAGCUCUGAAGACAUUCGUGACGAAAAGGUCCGCGUGUUACGUUGUAUUCCUCCUGUGAAACUUGAAGACACACUUCUUGGCCAAUACACAAAAUCAGAAGAUGGCGAAAAACCUGGGUACCUGGAGGAUAGCACGGUCCCCGACGGUAGUACAUGUCCUACUUUUGCAGCAUGUACGCUAUGGAUAAAUAAUGAACGUUGGGAAGGUGUCCCUUUUAUCUUAAAAUGUGGAAAAGCUUUAAAUGAACAAAAAGCGGAAAUUCGUGUUCAAUUCCAAGAUUUACCCGGAAACGUUUUCAAAGAUUCACCUCGUAAUGAAUUAGUUAUUCGCGUGCAACCCAACGAAGCUGUUUAUAUGAAAAUGACAAGUAAAUUACCGGGUCUUUCCAUGGACACAGUAAUCUCUGAAUUGGAUCUCACAUACAACCGAAGAUUUUCGGACUUUAAGAUUCCUGACGCGUAUGAAGCACUGAUUCUUGAUGUGUUAAAAGGCGACCAUUCUAAUUUUGUGAGGGAUGAUGAAUUGGAUGCCGCUUGGAAGAUUUUCACCCCGAUUUUACACAAAAUUGAUCAUGAUAAAAUUGUUCCUCAACCAUAUGCAUAUGGUUCACGUGGUCCAGCGAGCAUUGAAGAGUUUACGUCUAAAUAUGGGUUCAAGAGAUCUACUCAAGAAUAUAACUGGCCAGAACGUUAG